UCCGUUUCGAUUUUACAGUGCUAAGAACGUACAGGCAAAGAUAUGCGCCAAGUCGUUACAAAUUGACGACUGAAAACGAAAAAUAGGGAUACAAAAUAGCUAGGCCUUCCUUCACAUACAGCACCGUUACACUAAACAUGCAGAAUACGUUUCAUACAUUCUGACAAUGCGGUUAUUUCCAUUUCAGGGGGCGUACAGGAGGUGAUGAGGUAUUGUCCUCUCACGCAGCAGGUCCUUCUCACAACUCUAUUCUGCCCCGCUGGAACAGUCAUUCGGGCGGUGCACUGUAUUCUACCCUGCCGUCGUUCUAGAGUCCGUAGAUACCGGGACAGUUUUUAAAGCCAGAAAAUGAACACGACCUUCAACAGCUACCAUGAGGGGAACAGGUCAAUGCCAAGUACCACCUUGUCACCAGGGGUCCCCGAUGGGGUCAACGAGACCUGUCGCUUUAAUGAGGAGUUCAAGUAUGUCCUGCUGCCGCUGUCUUAUGGCUUGGUGUGUGUGUUUGGUCUUCUUCUCAACUCUGUGGCCCUGUGGAUGUUCCUGACCAAGAUGAGGCCCUGGAACACCAGCACCGUGUACAUGUUCCACUUGGCGCUGUCCGACAUGCUCUACGUCCUCUCCCUGCCCACCCUCGUCUACUACUACGCCAACCGCAACCACUGGCCCUUCGGCGUGGCUCUCUGCAAGAUCGUACGCUUCCUGUUCUACGCCAACCUCUACUGCAGCAUCCUCUUCCUCACCUGUAUCAGCGUCCACCGCUACCUGGGCAUCUGCCACCCGAUCCGUGCGGUCACCAUGGUCAAGCCUCGGCACGCCCACGUGGUGUGCGGCCUGGUGUGGGUGGCAGUCACCGCCUGCCUGGUGCCCAACCUGAUCUUUGUGACCACCACCGGCCGCGACGGGGACACGCUGUGCCACGACACCACUCGCCCGGAGGAUUUUGAGCGGUACGUGGCGUACAGCUCGGUCCUCACGGUGCUGCUCUUCGGCAUCCCCUUCUUGGUCAUUGUGGUGUGCUACUGCCUGAUGGCGCGGACGCUGUGCCGCCCCCGGCGCGGUCUGUCCUCCGGCCAGCAGGGGGCCUCCUCCUCCCGCAGGAAGUCCAUCAAGCUGAUCGUGGUGGUGCUGGUCGUCUUCGCGCUGUGCUUCGUGCCCUUCCACAUCACGCGCACCCUCUACUAUGCCUACCGCGUGCUGGACGCUGACUGCCACGUACUCAAUGUCAUCAACUUUGCUUACAAGAUCACCCGUCCGCUGGCCAGCGUCAACAGCUGCAUCGACCCCAUCCUCUACUUCCUGGCCGGGGAUCACUACCGCUCCAAACUGAUCCAGGCCCUGAAAAGGCGGAGGCAGAACACCACCACAUGUUCUGCCGCUUUUGUGGUGCCACGGCAACUUCCUGGCAACGGUGAAAUCGGGCUCAUGUACAAGAACUCUGACGCUAAAGCCUGUGUUGAACCACCUCCAAGCUAGAGCUAGUGCAAGGUGGAGAGUAAUCACAACUGUGGGGUAAAUCAUAGCACAAGCUCAGAUAAACCCUGAGAUCUUGCCCCAAUGCCCCAUUGCUGGGAUAUCCUACUGGUUGUCUUAGUGACUGAUAAUGAGAUCUUAGCCACUGUUGUAGGAUAGUGAGCAAUGGAAUGGGCGGUAUACCUCGGACAGGAAAAAAUGUUUUUACAAGUGUCUAAACAGGUGCCUGAGGAACCAGCCAGAUCUGAGGGAGAAGUCAUAGUGUAGGGCAGUUUGGUGACAGCUGGAGAGAAGAUGAUGGAGGACAUGGCAGAACAAAUGUUCCUCCAUCUUAAUCCCUGUGCUUCCAACCAUAGUAAAGCUGAAUCAUUAGAAAGAGAACUCAUGACCUGUUACAGCACUCCAACAGUAGGUUGCUUUUUUGAAUACAUGCUUAAAUCUUCAAAACGCUGCAUCAUGGUAAUUUAGAGAUGGCCCCUCACAUCUCUAAGUGACUGUUUUGUGGUAGUACCCAUUCUCAGUCACACUGUCCCUUUGUUUGCCAGGCCAACAAUAUAGCCACUGUUGCCGGACUUAACACCCACCCUACAUUUACUGGAAUUUCAGGACAAAGCCACGUUCAAACGUACCAUCUCUUAUUUCUUUGGAAAAAAGAAUGGUAACAUUACAGCACUGCCACAAUAUUUCCUCAACAGGCUGUUGGAAGAAAUGGUAUAGGAUUUAGAAGUUAAAAUGGAGUUUAUUUUGCAUUCAGUUUAGAAAAUGCUAACUGAUGGGCAGUGAGUGGGUUUUAAUCUGUCUGAGGUUAGGCUAAAAAAAAAACAGAAAUCAAGGAUCCUUCCUAUGGACUCUUCCCAUGUAGGAAACUUUCUAGGUAAAGGAAACUGUUGACAACAGUUUGAUUUGGGAAAACACGGAGUGAACUGUCCUGUUAGGCAACCCGAGAAGGCACGUGAUACAAUGAUGUCAGUUCAAAAACAGGGAAAAAAAAUGGAAUCACUGGAAUUGCGCACAGGUUGACUGGGAAGUGGGUGUGAGUGGCUGGGAAGUGUGCCAAAAACAAAGCUUUUCACAAUGCGGGGAGUUGUUUCCAGGAAAUAAUGUGUAAUUGGCUUCCUUUAGAACCACUCAUUUUAAGAAAGAUUGAAUAUAUUCGGAUUCAAGCUACUAGCACAUGCAUUUGGGGAAGUACUUUUCAGCCCAGAGCGCCAAGUAAUAAAGAGCCGUGCGAAGAAAGAGAGCCCGCGAGCGCUGGUUUGUGAAGCGGGCUGUGCGUCGUUAACCGAAACAGCCCGUGCUCCUCCGGGGACUCUUCUUGGCAACCUACGCCCUCUCCCAGCUGUUUUUCUUUUCUCCAACUUUCAGAUGAAUAGCUGUGCAGCUGUCUACAUCUGCACACCAUGUGGAAGUUGG